AUGGGUUGCAGCGAGAAUCGGCGAGAGACUGAGGGCCCAACUUCAGAAGGCGACGGCGUCUACAGCGAGAUCUGGGAGCUCUCCCAGUCCCAGUGCGAGGCUCGCUGUGUCGUGGACGGAGGGUGCGUCGCCUAUGAGCACAGCACCUUCCCGCGAGGCGGGGCGCGAGGCGGCGCCUACACCAGGUGCGAGCUGCACACCGUGCCGGUGACGCACACCGUCCCAGCCUCGUUUCCCGUCGUCUGCCGCGUGCUGCAGCCCGCACCCGCCAAUCCGCCCUCGAGGGGGCGAGGCAGCAAGCGCCCCGGCAGCCAGACGCGGCAGCGGGGCGCAGAGUCGUCGUCGCUUCCGCUCCCCGCCGCCCGGUACGCCUUUUCCAGCUUCGUCACCCCGACGCCCCGGCUCGCGGCGGCCUUCCUAGUCGACUACCUGGGCGCAACCCUGCUCGAGGACCCGCGCACGUUUCAGACUCGCGCGGCCGCGCACGGCAGGCUUGUGGCGGCAGUCCGCUUCCGGCCCGGCAGCACGAGUCAGGCCACGCAGGCCCUGCGGGCCGACACGCGUCACCUGAACGAAGGGCCGCACGACGUCUACUUCGUCAGGAGCGACGAGCCGCCCGCCUCGGAGGGCAGCCUCCUCACCGCCGAGCGGCUCGCCGACGAGAUGUCAAAGGUGCACCGCUUCGGCGUGCAGGAGACGUGGGACUGGUGGCAGGACUGGCACCUGGCGCUGUGGACGGAGAACCUCGACGCGGUGCUGGUCAGGCUGCUGCGCGACGGCGUGCCCUUCGUGACGCGCGGCACGUCUGCGUACGUGGAGAUACCCAGGGGCAUCACCUUCCAGCUGCAGGGACUCAACAUGAGUCUCGCCGCGACCGAGCCCUUUAACUUUUGCCGAGCCACGACCCCAACCUCGCGCCUCCCGACCCCACCGCCGGGCGCGUGGCGCUCCGCAGUGAGGCCGGACGCGCCGCUGCCGCCGAUCCCGCACCUGCAGGCCAAGCACCUCGCCCUGCCGACCGACACGCCGGAGGCGGCGCUGCAGCACUUGCAGCGCUUCAUCGGCGGUGAGGGGCUCGGCGACGUGCUCGCCUUCCUGCAGCCGCGCUCGCACCGGUUCUCCAACGGCGAGUGCGCGAUGCUCAAGUGGCAGCGCCUCGCCGACUUCGACCUUCACUUUGUGCACCAGUUCUCAAAGACGGACCAGCCGAGCGGCGGCUCGACGGCGAGCGUGCGCGACGUGCAGCGCCGCCUGGUGGCGGGGCACGCAAAGCACGCGGGCGAGGACGUGGGGCAGGUCGCCCUCGCGGACCCCGCGCUCUCGACGUUUUUCGGCAACGGGCUCGGGCUGCGCGUGAGCAGUCUCGAGCCCUUUCGCGCACGGCUCGACGCGGCGCGCGCGCCAUACUACGUCCACUCGGGCGACAGCUCGCAGACCCGCCGCAGCCUGUACGUGCCGCUCGCCACAGGAUUCAUCGUGGAGCUGCAAGAGGAGAAGUGA